AUGAAGACCAACGAGGCACUGGGACUCGUUUCCGAAGAGAUUAGUAAGCUUGGGCUAUCGUUGGCGGUGAACAAGACGGAGGCGGUGUUGUUCACUAAUAAGUAUAAAUAUACGAACCCAAAUAUUAUACUCAACGGACAGCCGGUGGAAAUAAAGCAGCAAAUGAAAUAUUUGGGGAUGGUGAUCGACUGGAGGUUACUGUUCAAGGCGCACAUAUGCGAAGCCUCCAAGAAAGCAGAGAAGAUAGCGAACCAGCUAGGGCGCCUGAUGCCCAAUACCGGUGGCCCGAAACAACUGAGAAGGAAGCUGUACGUAGCAGUAACACAGUCUGUGUUGUUGUACGGCGCUCCCUCUUGGGCCGGCACACUAGAGUACGUAGCCGGAAACGUAGAGCAAAUUAACCGUGUACAGCGCAAGGUACUUCUCAGAAGUAUAUGCGCUUACCGCACGGUAUCAGGUACUGCCGCAAACAUCUUGUCUGGCAUGCCUCCAGCCGACCUUCUGGCAAUCGAACGCAGAGCGUUGUUCGAUGAAAGGAAGUCCGGCCGUACCGAAGAUAUGCCCCCCCACGCGAAGAUGAUUGCGACAUGGCGCAAGCGCAUAAACGAAUCUCAAACCGGUAGCUGGACUAAGCUCCUGAUACCGGACAUCGAGUCGUGGUGUAGCAGGCGGCAUGGAUACCUAGAUUUCCAUGUCACCCAGUUGCUAUCUGGACACGGCUGCUCCGGGCAGUAUCUGAAUAAGAUCGGCAAAGAAGAGUGUAGCAAGUGUCAUCACUGCCAGAAUGAGAAUGACACGGCAGAGCACACGCUCUUUGAAUGUCCAGCGUGGGACGAAGACAGGAGGGAGUUGGCAAGCGUGUCUGACUUAGGAGUGGCACUGAAUCCAGGAGGCAUCGUCCCGUUUAUGCUGUCUGGUCCGCAAGGGUGGGAAGCUCUCGCAACGUAUGCACGAAGGGUCCUCUCAGCCAAGGAAAUAGCUGAACGCGAAAGAGAAAAGCCGGGUGGCCCACGCGGCAGAAGACUAAGAUAA